AAUCUAUGCGUAGUUUCUCUGGUUCAAUGGUCGGCUGUGUCAUAUUAGAAUCAAAUAUUUGGUAGAGUAUUUGUUUGGGCUAUAUUAUUACGUGUUGUUUGAAAUUGUUUGGUUUGGGUGUGAUUAAUUGUGAGCUCUGUUUCAUUCAUAAUGAUUUUUUUACUGUCAGCGUUUAGAAAGUGAUAGUUUUAGUGACCAAAAUGUCCAAGUGGAGUGGGUCGCUUUCUUCUAUACUUUUCGUAGUGAAAUGUUGAUAUUUCUUUUACUCUAGUAAGUUUAUUCGGGUCCGUUUUGGACCCGAUAAUUUCAAACGGUUCAAGCUGCUUUCAACUAUGUGGCAUGAAGCUAGAAAGCAAGAAAAGAAAAUUCGCGGCAUAAUGGUUGACUACAAGAAAAGAGCGGAGCGAAGAAGAGAUUUCUACGAAAAAAUCAAGGCAGACCCGACGCAGUUCCUCCAGAUCCAUGGCCGGCCCGCGAAGAUACACCUGGACCCCGCGGUGGUGGCUGCCGCAGACAGUCCGGCCAGCAUGAUGCCGUGGCAGGGCCACCAGGACCUGCUGAUCGACCGGUUCGACGUGCGGGCUCACCUCGACCACAUCUCCGAGAACGUCUCCAAAGAGCCGGCCCCCAACGAGAUAGUCCCCCGAGAAGACAGAAUGAUAAACUACGAGCGGUACAGGAUUAUAGUGCAGAAUGAGUUCCUGGGAGUGGACGAGGAGAAGUUCCUGCACCAGUUGUACCUGGAGGAGCAGUUCGGGCCGGUGCCGCGCCCGCCCGAGGACAAGAAGCAGAAGCAGCCGCGGGGCGGGGAGAAGGCGGCCAUCCCCUACACGUACGAGGACACCCCUCCCGCCCCCGUCCCGGCGGAGAAGCCCGACCCGGAGGGCCCGGAGCCGGCGGAGGAGGCGAGGGACGAUGAUGACGACGAUGAUAGCGACAUUGACUUUGACCUGUGCGUGGACGUGAGCCAGGUGUCCCCCGACCAGGCCCACGAGAUGAACAAGUGCGGGGCCAACUACGGCAUGGUGGGCGUCGACUUCUUCAGCUUCCUGACCAACGAUGUGGAGGAGAAGGAGAGCCUGCGACUGGCGCGCGAGCAGGAGGAGGAGAAGGCCAUGUACUCUGGGCGUAAGUCACGAAGAGAAAGAAGAGCAUUCAGGGAAAAGCGCCUUCAGGGACGCAAGAUCAGCCCUCCCAGCUACGCCGCCCGCACCAGUCCCACGUACGACCCCUACCGCAAGUCGACAUCCAAGUCCCGGUCCCGCUCGCACUCGCCGUCGCCCAGCGUGCCGGGCCAGAUCACCUACAUCACCAGCUUCGGCGGGGAGGAGGAGGGCGGGGCUGCCCCGCCACAGCCCCAGGCAGGCACCUCCAGGUGUCCCCCGGCCAGCCGAUCUCGCUCCCCGCACAGGCCAGCCGCCUCCAAGUGGAGCUCACGCAGCAGCCGGGAGUCCCUCCUGGACAAGUCGAGGGCCUCGCGCUCCCCCGACCGCUACAGGGGCAGGGUCCGCGAGGAGAGGCUGUACUACCGUCGCAACCGCAGCCGGUCCUCUUCGCGACAGAUGUCGCGCAGACGACGCAGCGCCAGCAGCAGCAGCCUGGGCUCGGAGCGGUCGCGCAACCGUGGCAGCGUGCACAGCUUCUCGAAGGACCAGCAAGAUGCUGCCACACAGCCUCUGCCGCCGCCGCCUGUGCGCAGGUACUACGGGAGGCGAGGAGCGUCCUCCUCGUCGGAGCUCGACGUGUCCGACUCGGACAGCGAAAAGAAAACUGACUCCACGUCGGAGCGAGACAAGCCAGCGACAACUAAGAACCUGGGUAGCACAGGCUUGUUUGGUAAUUCUGGUGCCGGAACCAAACAGAAAAUUGCACCUCAAGAACGCCUUAAGAGGAAGAUGCAGAUUUUGCUAAACAAGCAGUUCAAGGCAGACAAGCGCGCGGAAAGGUUGCGCUAUGCCAAGCAGGAGCAGGAGAGACAGGACCGCGAGGACGAGCUGCGCAUGAUGGCCAUCAAGCUGCGCAGGAGGGAGCGCGAGAAGCGGCACCGCAUGAAGGACGGCGACGAGGAGGAGGACGACCUGGACGGCGAGGAGUACCUGGAGGACGGCGAGGACGAGCGGGAGGGACGCGACCCGGGCCUCAGCUCCGUGAGCUCCUCGUCGCCCGUGCGCUCGCCCAGCCCGCCGCCCGCCCAGUACCGCCGCAACCGCUGGGACCAGGCGGACUCCUCGCGGGAUCGGGAGAUGGAGCGGCGACGCGAGUUGCUCGCAGAGCAGCACCGCGAGAUGGAUGCAGGCCGGCGACGCGAGGCUGAGUUCGAGCGCCGACGCCAGGCAGUUGGCGAGUGGGAGCACGCGGAGAUGUACCGGCGCCGCAGGCCGGAGCACCAGGACUACCGGCGGGAGCGCGACAACUACUGGGACAGCUAUCGUGAGGGUUACCGGGAGCGGGUGCCGGGCUCCCGAGAACGGGAACCGGGCUACCGGGAGCGGGAACCGGGCUACCGAGAACGGGAACCGGGCUACCGAGAACGAGACUUGAGCUACCGAGACCGAGAGCCGAGCUCCCGAGAACGAGAACCAGGCUACCGGGAGCGGGACCCCAGCUACCGAGAGCGGGUGCCAGGCUUCCGAGAGCGGGAACCGGGCUCCAGAGAGCGGGAACUGGGCUCCAGAGAGCGGGAGCCGAACUGGGAGCGGGAGAGGCCCAGUCGCAGCCCGCCACGCAAGAGCAAGCCGAGGUACGGGGAAGACCGGCCGUACAGCUCGCAUUGGCGCUCGUGAUUCCCGCACCUCUCUUGCUGCUUGUCAAACCCCUUGUUUGUGUGCAAAAAAUAAAGCUUUCUGGCAACCCACUUGGUAAGGUAGGUUUUUGUUAAUUCUGAUGAGUCAUUAUCACUCAGAGUUAUUGUCUGGUGUGUUUUCUUUCUGUGUACCAGGUUAUACAGUUGCUGAAGAUUAUAUUUUGCUUUUUGUAGACCCGCCUGUUACGAUUAAUUUUUAUUUUGUUCUAAACUGAUUUACUAGUAUUAGGUAGUUACUAUCAUGCAAAAGAAAUUUGUAAAUGUGUUUAUUUUUUAUUUUUCUCAAUCGUGUUAAUAAAUAUCUUAAGUGCAAAAAAA